CCAUAAUGGUAAUUAUUCAGAUUUCCGUGCUGUGUAAUUAAUUUAUUAAUAAACAAGCUUACGUUGGUAGUUGCUUGUGAUGUCAUCAGUCUGCGACAGAACACGCACAUGGGCAUGUCAGCACGGCAUGUUGGCGCAAACGGCAUACGUGUGACAAAAUGUGUAUAUAGACUGAUCUGUUCUUUACUGCAUGGUAAUCGUUUUAAACGGAUAUGUGUACCGGGUGACGUUUCUGCUUUGUGGGAUAAAAUCGUAGUAAAUAGAAAUAUAACGAAAUAUAAACAUCUUAAAGGAUAUUUCCACGCCACAGUUAGCGCUUUCAGAGCAAAGAUCAGCAUCAUGGAGACCAAGGAGUUAAACGAUGCAGGAAUAGAAAAGGAGCAAGGAGUACACGAAAGCUGUAAGAAAAGGAAAAACGACGAUCCUGAAGAAGAACACGAGAGAAACAAACGGGGUAAGAAGCGAAAGGGAGGCAAACAGAGGAAACCUGGUGAUAGAUAUGUUCCUCCACCACAGAAACUCAACCCCGGAGUAAGUUUUAACCAAGAACACUUCGCAGAAACGUCGUACUACUUUGAGGGAGGACUUAGAAAAGUGCACCCUUAUUAUUUUGAUUUUAAGACUUACUGCAAGGGUCGUUGGAUCGGUAAAACGCUAUUAGAGGUUUUCAGCAGUGAAUUUCGUGCAGAACCCCUUAAUUACUACAAGAAAGCAGUUAAAGAAGGACGUAUUCGACUGAAUGAAAUACCUGUGGACGACUUAAAUAUAACACUAAAGAACAAUGACUUCAUGAGGAACACUGUGCAUCGCCAUGAGCCCCCUGUUAAUGGUCAGCCAUUGCAGGUCUUGGUGGAUGACGGUGAAGUUGUGGUGGUAGACAAACCUGCCUCUCUUCCUGUACAUCCAUGUGGCCGCUAUCGCCACAACACCGUCAUCUUCAUUCUGGGGAAAGAGAGAGGUCUUGGUGGCCUUCACACCGUUCACCGCCUCGAUCGCCUCACCUCAGGCAUCCUGCUGUUUGCUCGCACACUGGAGAUGUCCCAGAAAUUGGACCAGAUGGUUCGGGAUCGACAGUUGGAGAAGGAGUAUGUUUGUCGUGUGGAGGGGGAGUUUCCUGACGGUGAGGUUGUGUGUGAAGAACCAAUUCUGGUAGUCUCAUUCAAGGUGGGUCUCUGCAGAGUGGAUCCUAAAGGCAAAGACUCACGUACAGUUUUCCAGAAACUCAGCUGCAAUGGGUGCUCUAGUGUGGUGCGCUGUCUCCCACUCACAGGGCGCACGCACCAGAUCCGUGUACAUCUCCAGUAUCUGGGCUUCCCCAUCCUCAAUGACCCCAUUUAUGGCUCUUCCGCUUGGGGCCCGAACAGAGGCAAGGGAGGUCUGGUGGGUAAAAAUGAUCAGGAGCUGCUGGAAGCUCUUAUUGAGGAGCAUCGUUCCAAGGAGAGUUUGCACCUCUUGGAUAUCACCGAUGAAGCUGUAUCUGGAAAGAGUGAGCUUGAUGCAGGCACCAGCAGCGUUGCUCUGGUUAACAAUGCACUGACUGUCAAGGAUGAAUCUGGAAGCACUGCAUGCGAAGAAUCAACUUCAAAUGACAAGGAAGCAGAAAUGAAUAUUACACAGGCAGCUGAGAAGAAUGAGGAAUUAUCCAGAACUGCAGAUGCAACCAAGGUAGUCAGAGAUCAUUUAUGUUCAGAGUGUAAAAUUGUUCGACCUGACCCUACAGCGAAGGAGCUGGUCAUGUACUUGCAUGCAUUACGCUACAAAGGGCCUGACUUUGAGUAUUCCACACAAUUGCCUGACUGGGCAAAAGAAGACUGGGUGCAGAAUUGAAUUCCUUUUUAAGAAUAGAUUUUUUUUUACAUUAUUUCCUGUUCUUUAAGAAUGUUUAAUCUGUAACAAAAAAUAGUGAAUGGAAAUGGCUGCCAUUUUAAUUUAUAUAUUAAAAAAACAAAAAAAAAAAGAUCUGUGGUCCAAAGUUUAUAUGAAAAUUUCUGUAACCAUUCAAAAAGCUGAGUAAAAGAUUAUUGGAAACAGAGACACCACCAUAUGAAGUUAUUGAUACACUUUUUUUUUAUGAUUCAGGUCAUGUCUCAUGGUAAAAUAUAAAUCUUUAUUGACUUUGUCACAUUCAUGUAACAGUUCAUUCUUAAUACUUUUAAUCUGACAUCACACAUCCACAUAAAACAAUUUUAUAACAGCAUAUUUCUCAAACGUGACAUCACUUUGUUUAUAACAAACAAUUAUUACUUUCUUUUUUUUUACACCAUUUGGCACUUUGUACACUAGAAAGGUAUGACAGCGUUCCAGACAUUUUGGUUGCUGACAUACGUACAUAACAUUGACCUCAUUUGAAUAAAAUGCAGUAAAUGGAUUACAAGGGAUAUUCAACAAUAGAGUCAUCAGUAAUCCAAGUCAAUGUGUGAAUGCUUGAUAAAUUAAUGUAUGGUUUAUUUUUUUAUAUUUUUUUUAUCAAAUGGCUUUUUAUCUUUUUUUUACAUUCCAUAGUCAUUCAGAAGUGACUAAACAAUUACAUGUUUAUUUUAAUUAAAAAAUGAUUUCAGUAAUGACCAAAUUUCACACAACAUAGCACUACACUUCACUGCAAGAAAACCAGUCUUGAUACUCUGAUGAUAGCACAUUAUUCUAACAAGUAAUAGCAUAUAAAGACAAGACAGUAAAGUGUGGAGCAGAAAAGAAAAUAAUUUUUCCUAUAUGCAAUUAUUAGAUAUCAGUUGACUAACUUGGUAGAUAUUUAGUUCUGCUGGCAGAUGUUAAAUAAUAAAUGUUGCAUUUUGUCAAUAUUAUAAGAAAUGAAAACAUCUCAACAUCAGGUUGUAAGUUUGCUUUUCAAAGGACUGCAAAUGUUCAAGCUACUUUCAUAGUAAACAUACGAGAAGGAUAUUGGUUUUCUCACCUUCAUGGGGUGUUUCAAACAAAAGUUUCUGACUAAAAAAAAAACUAAAAAGACUAAAUUAUAACUAAAUCAUGUUUGUAUGUCUAUAGCAAUUUUUUGAAAUUGUUUUAAAAUUUGAAUUUUAAACCAACCUAAUCAGCGUUUCAAAUGAGACUUCCUGUUUUACUCAGAUGAAAAGUUAAUGCAGCACAGAAGAUCAGGACAUCAGCUGUGGAAUGUCUGCAUUACACAUUUGGCUAAUGAACAAUUAAUUUCUUAGCUAAUAAAAGAUUUUAUUCCAAGUUAUUUUGAA